UCUUCCAAUUCCGUCCGUCCCCCGGCUGGGUGGCCAAGCGAGCGCCGCUGUGUGUGAUCGGGGAGGAAGGCCGCUCACGCGGGGAGGCGGCGGUUUCUGCUGGAAUCCGGAGGCCCGCUUUUGAAAAGCGGCUCGUGCUGCGGCCAUGGUGGAGGAGGUGCAGAAACACUCUGUGCAUACACUGGUGUUCAGAUCCUUGAAAAGAACCCAUGACAUGUUUGUUAGUGAUCAUGCUAAACCUAUUGCAGCAGAUGAGAAAAGUUACAAACUCAAGAUGAAUGUGAAGCUACAGACAGAGUAUAGUCCUGUGCUCCAUAUGCCUAUACUUAAGGAAAUCAGAGAGAAGAGUUCACAGUCUGAUUCCUACAGUCAUGGACCUUAUGACGUAAAUCGUGGUGAGGAAUCCGAAUACAUUAUAACUGGCACACAUCCAUACCCGUCAGGUCCAGGAGUUGCUCUGACAGCUGAUACACAAGUGCAGAAAAUGCCCAGUGAGGCAAGUGCUCAAGCCUUGGCUUUGGCGCUUCCUUCUUCACAAGCCAGACAUGAUGCAAAUCGUACUGCAGCCAGUGUUGCUGAUAUCCACAGACAUGCGGGCAUUGCUGAACGUUCACAGCCUCCAGGAUCUUCCAUGGCUGUAAUGGAUGCUGGAGGUUCAAAGAAUUCUUCACUAAUGUCAAGAAAACUUCCUACAAUGCCAAAACCACAAUGGCACCCACCUUGGAAGCUGUACAGAGUAAUCAGUGGCCAUUUGGGUUGGGUUAGAUGCCUUGCAGUUGAACCUGGAAAUCAGUGGUUUGUUACUGGCUCAGCUGAUAGAACUAUUAAGAUCUGGGAUCUGGCCAGUGGUAAGUUGAAGCUCUCUCUGACUGGGCAUAUCAGUACUGUACGAGGAGUGGCAGUCAGUUCGCGCAGUCCAUACCUUUUCUCCUGUGGUGAGGAUAAGCAAGUGAAAUGCUGGGAUCUGGAAUACAAUAAGGUUAUCCGACAUUACCAUGGUCAUUUAAGUGCAGUGUAUGGACUUGAUUUACACCCAACCAUUGAUGUCUUGAUAACAUGUGGCAGAGAUUCAACUGCAAGGGUUUGGGACAUACGAACAAAAGCAAAUGUACACACUUUAAUAGGACAUACAAAUACAGUGGCGACUGUAAAAUGCCAAGCUGGUGAACCACAGAUUAUUACAGGAAGUCAUGACACAACCAUACGACUCUGGGACUUGGUAGCAGGGAAAACUAGAGUUACAUUAACCAAUCACAAGAAGUCUGUUCGUUCUCUCAUUCUGCAUCCAAGACAAUAUACUUUUGCUUCUGGUUCUCCGGAUAAUAUAAAACAGUGGAAAUGUCCAGAUGGUGUUUUUAUUCAGAACCUUCCAGGACAUAAUGCAAUCAUCAAUACGCUUGCUGUCAACUCGGAUGGUGUGCUCAUAUCAGGAGCUGAUAAUGGUACCAUGCACCUGUGGGACUGGAGAACUGGGUACAACUUCCAACGAAUACAUGCUGCUGUGCAGCCAGGCUCCUUGGACAGUGAAUCUGGAAUUUUUGCAUGUACCUUUGACCAGUCAGAAAGCAGAUUACUUACAGCAGAGGCUGAUAAAACAAUCAAAGUCUACAAAGAAGAUGACACUGCGACGGAAGAAACUCAUCCAGUCAACUGGAAACCAGAGAUCAUCAAGCGGAAGAGAUUCUAAGUGACUUUCAUUUAAAAUUCUUAUUGGACUUAGUGCUGAAUUUUAAAAUUCUUAAGUAAUCUUCCCUCAUCCUUAGAUUGUCACCUGCACUCUGUUCCAAAUUCGAAAUCAUUCACUGGCUGAAAAGCAGACUUCUCUUGGGACCACUGAUCAACGUUGCUUUAUCAACUUUGCCAGGAGAAUAAUUGGUAGAUGUUUUUUGAUGAGAAAAAAAUUACACAGGUGUUUGCCUUUUUGCAGCAUUUCACCAAUAUGAAGCAAAGAUUGUGACAGGUACAAACUAGUUUGUUGUCAGUCCAUAAUACAAUGAGUAUAUUAUUGCAGUGUCCUUCUGCAAACUUAUAUUACAAGAUGUAAUUUAUUGGAAUUUUGCUUCUGACUGAAAGAUGGCUAACAUUCUGGAGAAUGUUUCAAACUUGUAAUUCAGUUGUACAGUGUUUCAUUAUGAUAAACUGUACAAACCUUUGUCAGUGAUGAAAGGUUAAACUAUCCUGUUCCAAGAUUGGUUGAUAUUCCAAGAACUGCUUGAAUCUGCAGUGUCAGAAAGUUUUUAAAAAUACUGUUAAAGCAGGCACAGUUUCUACAAUGGAAACAAAUUCUGCAAAGAUAUUUACAAAAUAACCUUUAAACUUUUCUUUUGAGGAGACAUGGGCUGUCAAGAAAUAUGUACAAAUAUGACUUUUUUCAACCUCACUAUUAAAUUUGCUUUUACAUUCUUAAAGCUUAAAAGAAUUUUGAUGUGUUUUAUCACUUUCUGAACUUGGAAGAGGUUUCGUGAAGACUGGAUCAUUCCAGCAACAAUUAAAAAGGUGUUCGUGUUGCGCUGAACGGGACAUUGGUUAGGCCAGUUUUGGAAUAUUGCAUGCAAUUCUGGUCUCCUUCCUAUCGGAAAGAUGUUGUGAAACUUGACAGGAUUCAGAAAAGAUUUACAAGGGUGUUGCCAGGGUUGGAGGGUUUGAGCUACAGGGAGAGGCUGAAUAAGCUGGAGCUGUUUUCCCUGUAGCAUUGAAGGCUGAGGAUUGACCUUAUAGAGAUUUAUAGAAUCAUGAGGGCUAUGGAUAGGAUAAAUAGACAAGGUCUUUUCCCUAGGGUGAGAGAGCCCAGAACUGGAGGACAUAGGUUUAGGGUGAGAGAUCAAAGAUAUAAAAGGAUCUAAGGGGCAACAUUUUCACACACAGGGUGACGAGUGUGUGGAAUCAGCUGCCAGAGGAAUUGGAGGAGGCUGGUACAAGUACAGCAUUUAAAAAGCAUCUGAAUGGUUAUAUGUAUAGGAAGGGUUUAGAGUGAUAUGGACCAAAUGCUGGCAAAUGGGACUAGAUUAGGUUAGGAUAUCUGAUUGGCAUGCACGAGUUGGACUGAAGGGUCUGUUCCCUUGCUGUACAUCUCUCUGACUCUGAUUAUUCCAAGCAUAUUAUUGAAACAGACUUUAAUACCAGCACUCAGAAGGCCACUCAUUUAGGAUUUGUUAGAUUGGUUAUGACACUGUAUACACAACACAGAAUUUGAUAAAAGGGGUAAUUGUGGUCCAGACAGGUAGAAACUAUUUAUGAGGGAGAUGGUAAGCAGGGAUUAUUGAGGGACACUAUAGUUAAAUUAUCACAUUUAGAGCUGCUGAAAGAUUAACCUGUUGUUAAUCAAUUCCAAAAGAUUUAUAGGCAAUAUUUGCGUGAGGGUAAAUUUUUUCCCUUCUGGCUACCUAGUUAAGUUUAUGGGGUUAUGUAAUGAAGACACUAGCAAAGAAUAGUUUUCAAUAAAUGUUUCUGCGAGAUUCUUUACAAAGUAAGAGUCUUCCGUUCGGAGGUCAUUUUCCUUGGUUCAUUACAAUUGAAUAUAUAUGGAAUUGUUCAUAGAAAUCCGUUGUAAAUUGACUGGCACACUUUUACUUGUAGGCCUUAGCUUUGAAUCUAGCACACAUCUUUUGAGUAAUGGUUGCAUUUUUCUGGGUAGCAAGUAUAUGAACUGAAAUGAGUUGUUCUAUCAUUGUUAAUUGAAUAUUUUAUAGUAGGGAUUUGCUGACUAUUUUCUGCAGUCCCGGAUGCAGUUAGUGUGAUGGGGUGUGUGCCAUUUACACACUUGAAGAAAUUGUAAUUUUUAAUUAUUCAAUUUCAGCUGGUGUGAUCAUUUUUCAGAUCUGGGUGACUUUAUUUUGAGCCCUGUGUUGGUGCAGUGUAACGUACACUAAAUUAAAAUCCCUUUCAGUA